AUGACUACCUAUGCAUAUAAUGACGUUUUUUUCUGUUCAUUUAAGGUACGUGAAUUUCUUAUCAGUGUCUACGUAGAACCUUUUCAAAUUCGUCCAGCGUAUAUCUGGCACUGGGCUGUACAUUCACUUCAACGAGUCGAUGCUAUUGCAACAGUUGGACAGUUAUCCGCUCCAUUAGGAUUAUUAUUACGUACAGAUGACUGUUCUCCAAAUAUUGGUACAAAACGUGUCAGUGUAUACACUAGUCAUCCCAACGAAGUUAUAAUUGGUACAGAAUUUAAUUCAAGUAGCUUUCAACAGAAUCCUAUGGGGAAAGAAUUAACAUUAUCUGUUUCAUCACGUUCUGUUUAUGAAUUGAAGGUUGGUUUAUUUUGUUAA